AUGGUGAAAUCCAACAGAGGUGAAACUGCCGAUGGAACCAGAUUCCCUGUCAUGGUAGUUGGUCAAAUUACUGGUCAAUCGGGCUCUGAAACUCAAAGAAAUCAACAAGAAGCUCAAGCUACAGGGCAGAUGAUUCCUCUCGCACAAAGGGGUUGUGUCGUUACAUGUGUCUACUCUCCUGAUGAACUCCAGACUGAUCCGCCCUACGUUGACCGAGAGGACUUAACCCCAGUCUCCACUGGUAUGAGGUUGGAAAAGUUGGUGGAGUCCUCAUUAUUGGCCAGUUAUCCUCUUGUACGUGAGCGACUAGAGCGGUCCACACUAUAUGGCAUUCUAGAGUGCAGUUAUACGUCCAUAGACAGAGGCACGAUAUCAGCCUUCGUGGAGAGGUGGCACCCGGAGACAUGCUCUUUCCAUAUGCCGUUUGGGGAGAUGACAGUCACCUUGGAUGAUGUGUCAUGUUUGCUACAUCUUCCGAUCUAUGGGCGUUUCUUCACACCUCCUGCAUUGACGCGAUCAGAGGUUGCUGAUAUGUGUGUACGGUUGUUGGGAGCAACGAAAGAUGAGGUGCAAGUCGAGUUCAUUGCCAACAGGGGCACCCAACUUGAGGUUCAUUUGGCUCAUGGAGCGUUACGUGGCCGCUAA